AUGGAGGAUCCUGGUGUUAAGAACAACAAGACUACGUCGACGGAGCGCAGGUCGCAGUCUCCAGCGUCAACGCCAGCACAGGCGCACACAGCCUCUGAAGGAGCCGACACCGCAGCCGCGCCAUCAGCAAAUCGAGCAACUAUUUCUGGAGCUUCCUCGGAAGAACCGCCUGCAUCCGAGUCUGUCCCCCAAACCAAGCAAGAGAAUGGUGUUUCGCACGAAACCGAGGGUGCAUCCAGUCGAAGCGGCGGAGCUGAGCAGCCGGACAAAGGCGAACAAACGCCACCUAGGUGA